UGUUUGUUUGUUUUAUUCCAGAGACUGAUGAGCCUGAAUAUGUUUGCAACACCUGAGUACCUGGCUCACCAACACCUGCAGCUGACCCUCAAAACCUGCAGCUGACGCCCAACCCUUGCAGCUGACCCCUACACCUGUAGCUAACCCUCUGCCCCCAACAUCUGCUCCUAGCUUUCCUACACUUGCUGCUCAUCCACCUUUUUUCCUUAGCUCAUUGUCUCUCAGCUUCACGAUAUUUGUUAAAGAAAAAAACUGGCUCGCACAGCUAGUGAUCCUUUCCCCCACUGUCUGUACUCCACCUGUGCUCCACUUCCGCACAGGUAGUGGUUCUUUCCUCCAGGUUCUGUGCUUCACCUCUCUACAACACCUGAUAAGUUCCCCACAACGUGUCACCAUGACAGUCACUUACACUUCGGAGGUGGCUGACUGCCGUGGGUUUGGUAACUUCUGGAGACUAUUGUUCAGGUGGCGAGGCAGUGUGUACAAAUUAGUAUGGAUGGACUUGCUGACUUACACUGUGAUCUACUAUAUAUGCUCAGCAGUGUACAGAGUUGCACUCACAGAGCCGGGAAAGAGGAUGUUUGAGAAGGUGUCCCAGUACUGUAACUCCUUCAGUGACCUCAUCCCAGUCUCCUUUGUACUUGGCUUCUAUGUCAGUAUUGUCAUCAAACGCUGGUGGAGCCAGUACAUGUCUCUGCCCUGGCCAGAUUCACUCUCUCUCUUCAUAUCCACAUCCAUCCAUGGACACGACCGCCAAGGUCGCCUCAUGCGGCGCACUAUCGUACGCUAUGUUAACCUGUCUUUCGUUCUUACUCUGACCAUGAUCACUCCAAGAGCCAAGAAAAGAUUCCCCAGUCUGGACCAUCUUGUGGAAGCAGGCUUCAUGACAGCUAAUGAGAAGAAAAUCUUUGAGAGCUUGGCGGAGAAGACAGUGUACUCUCUAUAUUACCUUCCACUGGUGUGGGCGGGGACACUUGUUGCACGUGCUAGACGGGAAGGACGCAUCAGGGAUGACUUUGCUGUCAAGACAAUUAUAGAUGAGCUUAAUAACCUGAGGGGAAAGUGUGGUGGCCUCCUCAGUUAUGACUGGAUCAGUAUACCUCUUGUUUACACUCAGGUAGUGAGUUUGGCAGUGUACAUGUUCUUCCUGUCAACCAUCAUGGGGCGACAGUUCUUGGACCCGGCACAGAACUAUCCCAAGAACAACAUUGACUUCUACUUCCCAGUGUUCACCAUACUGCAGUUCUUCUUCUACAUGGGCUGGCUCAAGGUUGCCGAGAGUCUGGUCAACCCUUUUGGUGAGGACGACGACGACUUUGAGGUCAACUGGCUCAUUGAUAGGAAUAUUCAGGUAUCGUACCUGAUCGUAGACGAGAUGCACAACGAGCACCCGGAGCUGACACAGGACCUGUACUGGGACGAGGUGUUCCCUCAGGAGCUGCCAUACACAGUCGCGUCCGAGCAGUUCCGCCGAGAACCUCCCAUGGGCAGCACUGCUAACAUUCAGGUUCCUGAAUCUGAGCAAGAGUUCCUUCCUAUUGUGGAUGAGGAGCCUGAGGAUGAUGAUGAUGAGAAGACCAGCUCUGGGUUGAUCUUCAAGAGGCGAGGGUCAGCACGCUCAGUGGUAUCUUCAGCACCGUCUGCCAGGAAGAGUUCCUUUAUGUCCAUCAUGCAAAACCGCCUCUUACCUAGCACCACUGGCAGUCCAUCGUCAGUCAGGAAGAGCCAACACAAGGGGCUCAAUAGAUCAGUUUCACGCACCUCUGGUGGAUCACCCAGCACCAACUUCAAGAGGCAAAAUACCAGUGUCUCCAUGCAGGAUAGUAAUAUAUUUCAUAUGUCAGAGGAAUCUUUGGUGACAGUGGGAGGUAAAGAAGAACGAGGUGGACCAAAGCAGCCUAGGAGACCAUCUGCUGCACAAGCCCAACCAACUCUUCAAGAGGACGAGGACACCCUUCUUAUCAAAAUUAAUCGUUCUGACAAAGAUGGACAGGAAGCAAGAGGCUCUCAGAGUGAGAUAAGAUGGGAGAGUACAAGAGAUGCAGAGAGGACAGGACGCACGGCAUCAUCACUCACCUCUCAGGCCUCAAGGAGGAUCAGUGGAACAACAGCGAUGAUGACUUGA